AUGGAAGGUCCAUCCACGCAAGAUCCCGAUCACGACCAAGAUUCUUGGCCCCCAGGUACCGUCUGGUUGCAAGAACUCUACACGAAUCAUGACGAAAUCAUAUUGCAGCCGCGACCGAGCAGCGAUCCCAAUGAUCCCCUCAAUUGGGCUUCAUAUCGCAAAUACCUGAAUUUCGGCUUGACUUGCUUGUGGGCGCUGCUCAUUAAUGAGUUUCUCUGCGCUGCAACUCCAACCUGGAGUCCAAUGCACGUGGAGCUCGGGUUCAGCUGGGCUAUUUUGAAUGACUCUUAUGCGGCUGGCUGCGGGACUAUGGCCAUUGGAGCAGUGUUCUUGACACCACUCGCGCUCAAGUUCGGGCGCCGAUCGCUGUAUAUCUUGAGCGCUCUUGUCACCUUUGCUGUGAGCAUAUGGAGCGCGAAAAUGCAUAAAACUGUUGAGCUCAUGAUGGUCAAUGUCCUAUCGUGCUUCUUCGGUGCACUAUCGGAGGUCAUCGUUCAAAUGACGAUCGCUGAUAUUUUCUACGUGCACCAACGAGGCCUGAUGAAUGCCAUCUUUAUCUGGACCGUUCAAGUCGGUGGCUCCUUGGGCCCACUUGCUGCUGGGUAUAUUACUGUUUCCCAGGGAUGGAGAUGGGUCUGGUGGUGGAAUGCCAUCCUCUUCGGUGCUUGUCUUGUUCUCCUUGGGUUUUUCUACGAAGAAUCCAAAUUUGUUACAGUUAUCGACGAGGUUGUCGUGGGUGACGAGCAACGUCCCCCCAACAGCAGGAAGUUUGACGAAAAUAACCUCAUUUUGGCUACCCAAACGAUGAACCCCGACCAGACACACCUGAAGCUAGACACUCCACCAACGAUCAAUCCAAAUAUCCCCCUCAAGCCCUACUGGCAACGCCUAACAUUGUUUACUUCCAGUCCGGGUGAUUGGAAGAUUUUCGCCCGGCAUGUCUACCAGCCAUUUAUUAUCAUGGGCACAUUUCCAGGUGUGACUUUUGUGGCCCUAACGUAUGGUGUCAUGGUUGCACUGCAAAAUUCCAUCAGUACGACGAUGUCUAGUCGGAUGACCCAGCCUCCCUACAACUUCUCGGCGAGUGCGAUUGGACUCAUGAACCUACCUCAGUUCGUGGGAGUCACACUUGCCUCCUUAGUUGUAGGGGGCAUGAGUGACGCGUGGAUUCUUCGUCUCUCACACCGCAACCGCGGUAUUUACGAGCCCGAAUUUCGCUUAUGGGUGAUCGUUCCGUUUCUUCCUCUAAUCCUUGCUGGUGCGCUCAUGUUUGGAUACGGAAUCGAAAGAGGACUCGCCUGGCCCAUUGUAGCCGUGGGAAUAGCCCUAGCAAGUGCUGGCAUUGCUUCGAUCAACACAGUGGUCUUGACUUACAUUACUGAUUCCUACACCGAUAUUGUUGGAGAUGCACUCGUCGGGGUCACUUUCAUUCGCAAUAGUGUCAGUACCGUUUUUAUCUUCUCUCUUAGUCCGUGGGGUUCCGCAGUCGGUAUUCAGAACGUCAUUCUGUCGAUGGCAUGCAUCGCCACAUUUGUCCUGUCAUUUAUUGCAGUCUUCAUCAUUUGGGGCAAGAAGCUACGUGCUUGGACGACUGCAAGUUAUGAGAAAUAUUCUCUUAGGCAAGCCCAUGUUUAG